AUGAUCUCCAGCGCAAUAAAGACCAACACUGGUCGUCGCUCUUAUCAAAUAGCCAAAAAAUCAUUCACAUUAGCUAUCCGUCUAAAUAGUACUUCAACUGCUACAAGACCAAAACCUGCUCCAAAUUUUGCACAAUCUAUACAUCCAAAUGAAGCUAAAAUCUCAGAGCCAUCUCCAAUAAAUAGAAGAAAAGACCUAGGAAACCCAUCUUUAGAAUUAGAUGACUCUUUUGUCGGGUUAACUGGUGGUCAAAUCUUUCAUGAAAUGAUGAUUAGACAUAAAGUUGAUACCGUUUUUGGUUAUCCAGGUGGUGCUAUCUUACCAGUUUAUGAUGCCAUUUAUAACUCUAGUAAAUUCAACUUCGUCCUUCCAAGACAUGAACAAGGUGCUGGUCACAUGGCGGAAGGUUAUGCUAGAGCUUCUGGUAAACCUGGUGUUGUCUUGGUCACUUCAGGUCCAGGAGCUACAAAUGUUGUUACUCCAAUGGCUGAUGCCCUAGCGGAUGGUGUUCCUUUGGUUGUUUUCACUGGUCAAGUUGCCACUGCUGCUAUUGGUACUGAUGCCUUCCAAGAAGCUGAUGUUGUUGGUAUUUCAAGAUCUUGUACCAAAUGGAAUGUUAUGGUUAAAGAUGUCGCGGAAUUACCAAGACGUAUCAAUGAAGCUUUUGAAAUCGCUACAAGUGGUAGACCAGGUCCUGUUUUAGUUGAUUUACCAAAAGAUGUCACUGCUGCUAUCUUGAGAAAUGCUAUUCCAAUCAAAAGUACAAUUCCAUCAAACACUUUGGAAGAAAUUACAAAAGCUGCUACAACUGAAUUUACUUUAGCUGCUAUCAAAAGAUCUGCUGAAUUAUUGAAAAAAGCCAAAAAACCAAUCCUAUAUGUCGGUGCAGGUAUUUUAAAUAGUGAAGAAGGUCCAAAAUUAUUAAAAGAAUUGGCUGAUAAGGCACAAAUCCCAGUUACUACAACUUUACAAGGUUUAGGUGCUUUUGAUCAAGAAGAUCCAAAAUCAUUAGAUAUGUUGGGUAUGCAUGGUUCAGCUUUUGCUAAUUUAGCUAUGCAAAAUGCUGAUUUAAUCAUUGCUUUAGGUGCAAGAUUUGAUGAUCGUGUUACAUUAAACGUUUCAAAAUUCGCCCCAGCUGCAAGAAAAGCUGCCAUUGAAGGUACUGGUGGUAUCAUCCAUUUUGAAAUCUCUCCAAAGAAUAUAAAUAAAGUUGUUCAAGCAACUGAAGCUGUUGAAGGUGAUGUUACACAAAAUUUGAAAAGAUUUAUCCCAUUAGUGGAAAAAAUUGAAUCAAGACCAAGUUGGUUUGAUCAAAUUAAAAAAUGGAAACAUAAAUAUCCAUAUGAUUAUCAAAGAGAAACCCCAGAUUCUAAAAUUAAACCACAAACUUUAAUCAGUGAAUUAUCAAGACUUUGUAAUGAAACUGGUAAAGAAACUAUCGUCACCACUGGUGUUGGUCAACAUCAAAUGUGGGCUGCUCAACAUUGGACUUGGAAAAACCCAAGAACUUUUAUCACAUCAGGUGGGUUAGGUACCAUGGGUUUUGGUUUACCAUCAGCCAUUGGUGCUCAAGUUGCUAAACCAGAUGCUAUUGUUAUUGAUAUUGAUGGUGAUGCUUCUUUCAACAUGACUUUGAUGGAAAUGUCAUCUGCAGUGCAAGCUAAUGCUCCAGUGAAAGUUGUUGUUUUAAAUAAUGAAGAACAAGGUAUGGUUACUCAAUGGCAAUCAUUAUUUUAUGAACAUCGUUAUUCUCAUACACAUCAAUCUAAUCCAGAUUUCAUGAAAUUAUCUGAAUCUAUGGGUUUCAAAGGUAUUAGAAUUGAAAAACAAGAAGAUUUAUUACCAGGUUUGAAAGAAUUUUUAGAUGCUAAAGAACCAGUCUUAUUAGAAGUUAUUGUGGAGAAGAAAGUUCCAGUCUUACCAAUGGUUCCAGCUGGUAAAGGUUUAGAUGAAUUUAUUGUUUUCGAUGCAGAAGUUGAAAGACAACAAAAUGCUUUACGUAAAGAACGUACUGGUGGUAAGCAUUAG